CUUAUAUAUUUGAAAUGUUCUUUUCUCUAUAUCAACAGCCCUUUUCAUCAAAUUUCAGAGGGAGAGAGUGAUGGAGAAAGAAGGGAGCUCGAGGUUGAGGCGAAUUGCGAUGAAGGAGGAGGAGGUGGAGCCAUUGGAGUUCAUAGAAGAGAUGACGAGUCAUGUAGAUGAGGUGCAGCAGAUGGUGCUGGACGACAUCCUCUCCACCAAUGUCAACGUUGAGUACCUACAGAGGCAUGGGAUAUUCGGUAGAAGUAUAGACAGGAAAACCUUCAAGUCCAAGCUGCCAAUCAUCGAAUACGAAGACAUCCUGCCCGACAUACAGAGGAUUGCAAACGGUGAUCCUUCACCCAUUUUCUCUGCCCAACCCAUCUCCGAGUUACUAACCAGCUCCGGAACAUCAGGCGGUCAGCAGAAAAUUGUCCCGGUGAUUGCCAACCAUCAUGAAGGGAUUUAUACAAUCUUCGGAUGGCUCAUUCCCACCGUCAUGAACAAGAAUAUUUCAGGAUUAGAUAAAGGAAAAGUCCUAUUCUUCUUCUUGACUAGGACAGAGACCAAGAGUCCAGCUGGAAUUAUCAUGCGGUCUGUACUUACAAGCUACUAUAAAAGUCCUCAAUUUCUUUGCAAACACUAUGAUAACAUCAACUACACCAGCUCCAUUCCCUCCAUCCAUUGCACAGAUGUCUUCCAAAGCUUGUAUGCUCAAAUGCUUGCCGGCCUAGCUGACCGGCUUGCCAUCUUUCAGAUAGGUACAACUUUUGCACCAAUAUUUCUCCAGGCUAUCCACUUCCUCAAGCGUCAUUAUCAGGAACUUGCAGCAGAUAUUGAGCAUGGGACAGUGAAUCCACAAGUUACUGACGCAGCAGUUAGAGCAGCAUUAGGAAAUGCUCUAACCCCUGACCCAGAAAAUGCUGAACACAUAAGGAAGGAAUGUUCAAGUCGGGAUUUUCAGGGUAUCAUAAGAAGGAUUUGGCCAAAUACAAAAUUUCUGGAUGUUAUAGUGACAGGACCAAUGGCACAGUAUAUUCCAAGCUUGAACUUCUACAGUGGGGACUUGCCUUUGACCAGCACUCCCUAUGGAUCAUCAGAGUGCUUCUUUGGGUUAAACUUAUACCCUUUAACUAAGCCUGAGGACGUUGCCUACACCAUUAUGCCUAACAUGGCCUACUUUGAGUUUUUGCCUGUCAAGUCUGCAGAUGAUAUUGGCCGGAUAACAGCAAUGCAAGUGGUGGACCCUGUGGAUUUGGCUCACGUGGAGGACGGAAAAGAGUAUGAGCUCAUUGUGACCACUUACUCUGGUCUUUACCGAUAUAAGAUUGGGGACGUACUAAGAGUUGCCAAAUUCUACAACAAAGCUCCCCAAUUCCACAUUGUUGGUCGGAAAAAUGUUUGCCUUAGCAUUGAUAUAGACAAAACGGAAGAGACAGAGUUACAGAGGGCCAUAGCGGCAGCUGAACUUGCUCACCUUAGGCCACAUAAUGCAAGAGUUCUUGACUACAUUUGCUAUACUGAUGUUAAGACAAUUCCGGGGCAUUAUGUUAUUUACUGUGAACUUUCUCCAAUCAAUCACAGCGAUAACUCUUCAUUCUCACGGGUAAUUGACCAAUGCUGUCUCACUAUCGAGCAGUCACUAAAUUAUGUUUACAGAGGCCUGCGUUCCUACGACAAAACAAUAGGACCAUUGGAGAUCAAGCUUGUGAAAGGUGGCACAUUCCAUGAAGUAAUGGACCAUGCUAUAGCUAGAGGUGCUUCUGCUGCACAAUACAAGCCGCCUAAGUGUGUCAAAUCUACUUGGAUGCUCGAUAUAUUGGAGGCGAGGGUUGUCUCAACUCAUUUUAGUCCAGGUGUUCCAAGUUGGUUGCCAUGACCACAGCAGAAGAUGGCUUCAGCGGAUAAGCUCAAGCUUUUGGGAGGAGAUCUACCUGCAUUAUAUUUUGUCUGCACGUCCGUAUGUGUUGUACACAACUUUCUGGGGCUUCUAUCUAUAAGUGAACAUGGACAUCUUCCCUUCUUA